GGAGAGGAACCCCGGGGGCUGGAGUAACUGGGUCCGUCCCUGCUUAACACGCCUCCCGCGGGAGAUUUAGUCCCGUUGUUGUGUAGGGGGAGAGGAAUGUCAGAUUCCGCUCCUACCCUUCCCCGGGGGCUGGAGACUGCAAUCUUUAUCCCAGUUAAGUGCGGGGCGACUUGGGUUCCAGGAUCCCCGAGUCCGAGGAGCCCGAGGACAGAGGAGCUGGAGACCCGGGCUCCUGGGUCCCGGCCCCUGAGUGUCCAGCGAUCCUCUAGUCAGCGGCCCUGGCUCCUGUCCUCACUUCCUUCCCUUUUUGGCUCCCGCUCUCGAAGCGGGCGGACGUGGGGGAGAGCGGAAAGGGCGGGAGGGCCCUGGAGUCUGGCGAGGGGGGGUACCAGGGGGUGCGGAAAAGCCGGGGAGGGGACUCGGUCCGGGGACUUGAUCGGGGGCCGCAGACCGACGGAAACAGCGGCCCGGGACCCGCGCUGCCCCCACCCCUCCUGCGCAGGCGCCCCCAUGGCCCGACCCCGCUGAUUCCUUCACUCGGCCAUGCUCCCGCGGCCCCUGCGGCUGCUUUGGGACACGAGCCCCCCCGGGGGAGUCGUGCUGAGCAGCUUCCGGAGUCGAGACCCCGAAGAGGGCGGGGGCCCAGGUGGCCGAGGCGUGGGCGGGGGGCAGGAGGAGGAGGAGGAGGAGGAAGACGACGAGGCCCCUGUGUCUGUCUGGGAUGAGGAGGAGGAUGGUGCCACCUUUACUGUCACAAGUCGCCAGUAUCGCCCUCUUGAUCCGUUGGCCCCGCAGCCUCCCCCGCGUUCCUCCCGGAGGCUCCGAGCUGGUACUCUGGAGGCCCUGGUCAGACACCUGCUGGACGCCCAGACAUCAGGGGCUGACGUGACCUUCACAGCAGCCUUCCUGGCCACUCACCAGGCCUUUACCUCCACACCUGCCCUGCUAGGGCUUAUGGCUGACAGGCUGGAAGCCCUUGAAUCUCAUCCUGAUGAGCUAGAGAGGACAAAAGGGGUAGCCAUCUCUGUACUGUCAACCUGGCUGGCCUCUCACCCUGAGGAUUUUGGCUCUAAGGUCAAGGGUCAGAUUGACCGGCUUGAGAGCUUCUUGCUUCGGACAGGGUAUGCAGCAGGGGAGGGUGUCGGGGGGGGCGGCGCUGACCUCAUCUGCAACCUCCGGUCCCGGGUGGACCCCCAGACCCCCGAACUUCCUAAGCCCCUGGCCCUCCCCGGCGAUCCCCCUGCUGACCCCACGGAUGUCCUGGUGUUCCUCGCUGACCACUUGGCCGAACAGCUGACCCUGCUAGAUGCGGAGCUGUUUCUCAAUCUGGUCCCCUCUCAGUGCCUGGGGGGCCUGUGGGGUCACAGAGACCGGCCAGGACAUUCCCACCUCUGCCCAUCUGUCCGGGCUACUGUCACACAGUUCAACAAGGUGGCAGGGGCAGUGGUCAGCUCUGUCCUGGGGGCUACCUCAACUGGAGAGGGGCCUGGGGAGGUGACCAUACGGCCACUUCGUCCCCCCCAGAGGGCCCGGCUGCUGGAGAAGUGGAUCCGCGUGGCAGAGGAGUGCCGUCUUCUCCGAAACUUCUCUUCAGUGUAUGCUGUGGUGUCGGCCCUGCAAUCAAGCCCCAUCCACAGGCUUCGGGCAGCCUGGGGGGAAGCAUCCAGGGACAGCCUCAGAGUCUUCUCCAGUCUCUGCCAGAUUUUCUCCGAGGAGGAUAAUUAUUCCCAGAGCCGGGAGCUCCUCCUGCAGGAGGUGAAGCUGCAGCCCUCUCUGGAGCCAAAUUCCAAGAAGUCCCCGCGGUCUGGCUCCCGGGGUGGGGGUGUGGUCCCAUACCUUGGCACCUUCUUGAAGGACCUUGUGAUGCUGGAUGCAGCCUCCAGAGAUGAACUGGAGAAUGGAUACAUCAAUUUUGACAAGCGGAGGAAGGAGUUUGCUGUCCUUUCUGAGCUGCGGCAGCUCCAGAACAAGUGUCGUGGCUAUGACCUCCGACCUGACCCUGACAUCCAGCAGUGGCUACAGGGGCUCCGGCCACUGACAGAGGCCCAGAGCCAUCGAGUGUCCUGUGAGGUGGAGCCAUCCGGUACCAGUGACCCUCCUGCACCCCGGGUGCUUCGGCCAACGCUGGUCAUCUCGCAGUGGACAGAGGUGUUGGGUUCUGUUGGGGGUCCCACACCACUUGUCUCCUGGGACCGGCCCAGUGUGGGGGCAGAGGAGGUGCCUGGAACCCCUGCUCCACUGCUGACUCGGCUGGCCCAGCACAUGAAAUGGCCGUCUGUCUCAUCUCUGGACUCCGCCCUGGAAAGCACUCCAGCCCUGCAGAGUCCGGCUGACCCCAGCCACCUCUCUCCCCCAGCUUCCUCCCCAAGGCCUUCUCGAGGUCACCGCCGCUCAGCCUCCUGUGGCUCCCCACUCAGUGGGGGUGCGGAAGGGGCCUCCAGGGGGGCUGGAUAUGGGGGAGGGGGGCCUGGGCCAGGGGCCUCUGAUUGCCGAAUCAUCCGAGUCCAGAUGGAGCUGGGGGAAGACGGCAGUGUCUACAAGAGCAUCUUGGUGACAAGCCAGGACAAGGCUCCAAGUGUCAUCAGUCGUGUCCUUAAGAAAAACAAUCGUGACUCUGCGGUGGCCUCGGAGUAUGAGCUAGUGCAGCUGCUCCCGGGGGAGCGAGAGCUGACCAUCCCCCCCUCGGCUAACGUCUUCUAUGCUAUGGAUGGAGCUUCACUUGAUUUCCUCCUGCGGCAGCGGCGACGGCCCUCCACUGCUACCCUGGGCCUUGCCAGUGGCCCUUCUGCCUCAGGAACUCCCCCAAGUGAGGGAGGAGGAGGUUCCUUUCCCAGGAUCAAGGCCACGGGGAGGAAGAUUGCCCGGGCACUGUUCUGAGGAAGCCCUUUCGGCUCAUAGAACUCACGGUGGCCGUGCCAGAUAUGGGGAGCCAUCCUGAAUGGUGGCCGUUGCCGCAUUGGGAAGAAAUCCAGAAGGAUGGCUAACCACCCUGGGGCAGUGAAGCGCCACUGGUUUACCAGACAGCCGAGAUCCAGUCCUGUGGGAACUGGUAAUCUUGGUACCCAAGUUGGAUACUUGUGUAUAGCCUCCCACUUUCCCUGAAUGCAGCACACAGCUAGUGCUGGGAAAAGGAUCUGUUUCUGAUUCCUGGCCACAUCCUAGCAUGCCAAGGGCCAAAGAAAGGCCUGGAAGUAGGGGGAGAGGAAAAGUCUAGAGGUUCUGAGCCCCAGGGGGAGGGAAUGGCAAGAAAAAGGUUCUAGUAGGAGUUUCUCUUCCUACUCUGGGCGUUCCCGUCACUGUGACGACACUAAUAAACCAAAACACUACCUGA